AUGGAGGUCACUGAUGUACUCGCAUUUGCUGUUAAAGUGCUCCAACGGGUCCUUGCAACUCUCAUAGGCUUUGCUGUUGCUGCUCAUGAGAGAUAUCCUGAGUACACAAAUAUCGUGUUUACAGUCAUUGCUGGGUACAUUGUGUACUCGCUACUUGUUAAAUCGGCCAGAGCAUGGAUAAGGUUCACAGUAAGUCUUAUCAAGCUGAUAAUGGUUGUGUCAUUCGUUGUCUUGGCAUAUGCUAUAUCAGUAAGAGGUUGGGAAACUUUUUACAACUUUGACAUCCCUCGAAUUCAAAGUUUUGCAUCAAUGUUUUAUAGUAUUGGCAAAACCACAAUGGGGUCCUUCGCCAAAGGUCAAGAGCAAAGCUAUCACGAAUAUUGGCAAGCUGCGGAAGAUGCGGCAAAUGGUGGGAAAACGGGAAAUCUCAUUAUUGAUGAAGGACUAGAUUAUUUAAGGGAGAAUAUCGGAGGCGACACAAUCGACCAAGGUAUUGAGUACUUGAAGAACAAGGUUGAUUUAAAUGAUGUUCAGAAUUUACUACGCAUGGUGAAUAGAGGAAAUUAA